AUGGGCUACCCCGAGACUGCCGAAGGCUUCAUGAUCCACGACCACAAGAAGUGGUCUGACUUCAAGAAGGGCGAGUUCAAGCUCAAGAAGUUCGAAGAGCACGAUGUCGACAUUGCCAUUGAGGCUUGCGGUGUUUGCGCGUCCGAUCUUCACACCAUCACUGGAGGUUGGGGUGAUGCUCCCCUCCCUCUUUGCGUUGGCCACGAGGUUGUUGGCAAGGUUGUCAAGGUCGGUGACAAGGUCACCAACUGCAAGGUCGGCGACAGAGUCGGUGUUGGUGCUCAAAUCGGUGCCGACUUGACCUGCGACAACUGCAAGGCUGACCAGGAGAACUACUGCCCCAACUCCAUCGACACAUACGGUGCACCUUACCCUGAUGGCACCAUCUCGCAAGGUGGUUACGCCUCGCACAUCCGUGCCAACGACUACUUUGUUUUCAAGAUCCCGGACAACCUCGAGACCUCUAUCGCAGCUCCUAUGCUCUGCGCUGGUCUGACCGUCUACUCUCCCCUUGUCCGCCUCGGCGCCGGUCCCGGCAAGAAGGUUGGUAUCAUCGGUAUCGGUGGUCUUGGUCACUUUGCCCUUCUGUGGGCCAAGGCUCUCGGUGCUGAGGUCUACGCCAUCUCCCACUCUCCCAACAAGAAGGAGGAUGCCCUCAAGAUGGGUGCUAAGGAGUUCAUCUGCACCAAGGAGAAGGGCUGGAACGAGCCUUACAAGUUUGCCUUCGACUUUGUCAUCAACACUGCCGACGCCAUUGACCAGUUCAACCUCGACGACUACUUCAGCACCCUCAAGGUCUGGGGUAAGUUCCACAUGGUCGGCUUCGGUGACAAGCCUAUCCCCACCCUCAUGGCCCAGCAGUUCGCCGGCAACGGUUGCUCGAUCGGUGCCUCUCACAUCGGUAACCGCCCCGAGAUGGAGGCCAUGUUCGAGCUCGCCUCGAAGCAGAACAUCAAGUCGUGGGUCGAGACCAUCGACGUCAGCGAGGAGGGUUGCAAGACCGCUCUCGAGCGUCUUGACAAGGGCGACAUCAAGUACCGCUUCACCCUUAUCAACUUCGACAAGGCCUUCGGCAAGCGCUCUUGA